AUGGAAACCGUUGUACAGGUUUUGAUUUUUGCUGCUCUGCUGUGCAGUGUUCGUGGAGAGGGAGCAGAAUGGACCUAUGGAAGUGGAUCUCAUGGUCCUGCACACUGGAAGGAUCUACCAGGAUAUGUAGCCUGUGGGAGGAGCCACCAGUCUCCAAUUGACAUCAAAACAGAAGACGUGAAAGAAGACAAGGAUUUAGAUAACAUAGCUUUUUCGGGAUAUGAUCAAACUAACGGACGAUGGACGCUUAAAAACAACGGGCACUCAGUUCAAGUGGAAAUAGGCCCCGGAAACUAUUCCAUUAGCAGCAAGGCUUUCAGCAAGCCGUACAAACUGGUGCAGUUCCACAUGCAUUGGGGGAAUUCGAGUAGCAAAGGUUCUGAACACUUCAUCGACGGGGAUCAGUAUCCACUAGAGGUGCAGUCUGAAGACAACACGAACCUAAAACCUAUUUUGGAUCUACUUCCAAACAUCACUGAGUCAGUUGUCCCCUUAUCGAACCUGUUACCCAGUAAUAAAACAUACUACCGCUACCAUGGCAGCUUGACCACCCCGGCCUGCUACGAGUCCAUUUUAUGGUCUGUGUUUCCAGAAACGGUGGGGAUAUCAGAAUCGCAGCUUGAUCAGCUGCGUAAAAAUCCGUACUUCGAAGGAACGCCCAAAGAGCGCAUGGUGGAUAAUUUUCGUCCUCCCCAAGUCCUUAACGGCCGCGUUGUGUCCAAGAUGGUUGUAAGCGUAAACGAUGGGCAGUCCAUCUAUUCUGUGACCAGUUAUGUUCUUCUGCUGUCUCUUGCUGGACGCACACUUCUGCUGGGAUAAUGUGCGUCACAGCACUUUUUUGUUGAAGCUAGGUGACUAGUUAUGCAAACACGACGUAAGCCGUUAUAUUAUAAAAUGGCCGAAGUGGCAGGCGCAUCUGCUUAUCAACUGAGAGUGUUAUUUACACAUCGAUACCUGCAAAAUGAGGACUAUUAACUUGCUGUUGAAAUGCUCUCCUGAAUUGACUAAUUAUAUAUUUAAUAACUUGAUGAUACAAUUGGAAAGGGUAAGAAAAGGAUAAUGUGCUGAAAACAAAAAUAAAUA